UAUGAGAUUCAAGGGGAGAGUAGUCGAUCCUUCAGCACAAGAGGAACAUGCUGAGUUUCAGAAGCUGAAGGGUUGCUUCUUUGACUUUUCAUGUCAAGUGACCCCCACAAAAAUGGAAUCGGAUGUUACUGGACAUUUUGUUUCUAUGUUCAAAAUACACCUUUAUUGAAGGCUAAAGAGAGAUAGGCGAUAUGCCCUGGUAAUAGGCUUUGAGCUUGCAGCAACGCUCGGUUGUGUACAUGCGGCUUACCGAGUAUGCGGGCAAGAUGUUAAAGCACAGAGGCGACAGAAGCAAAACGCAGGCUGGAAAGGACACUGCGGUUCAAGGAACUAAUGACAGUAGUAUAGUAAGCAAAUGUUCUGCUGCUGGACUAGGCUACUUUGAGGACAAUUUCCUGAAAUGUUUUGUCCAGAAAACUGUUCGAAGAUCCCCAUUAAUAAACAGGGGAUACUAUAUCCGUGCAAAGGCGAUGUCUCACUGCCAGAUGAAAUUCCUUCAGGCGACACAAGGCCAUCCAAGGAGACAGAUAUUAUCACUUGGAGCUGGAUUUGACACUCUUUAUUUCCGACUGAAAGCAUCUGGCCUACUGAAAGAUGUAAUGUUUUUUGAAGUGGAUUUUGAAGAUGUUGUAAAGCGUAAAGCGGCUUUGAUCAAGGCUGAUUCACGCUUGCAAGAAAUAUUAGAAGAUGCUGAAUUAGUUCCACAUGACCAGAAUAGAGAACUGGUUAUUAGAGGAAUAGAUUAUAGACUUGUAGGAAUAGACCUGAAAGAGCUGGACAAACUGGGUAGGGUCCUGAUUGAGGCUGGCAUUUCCCCUGAAGCUCCAACACUGCUGAUUUCAGAAGUGGUCCUGACUUAUAUGGAAAAUUCCAAGUCUGAUGAAGUGGUUGCAUGGGCAGCAAAAUUUUUCAGUUCAGCAGUCUUUGUAAUGUAUGAGCAGCUGCAACCUUCUGAUCCCUUUGGACAAGUUAUGCAGAUGCAUUUCCAACAGCUAAAUUCAACUCUGCAUGCACUUCAGCUGUAUCCUGAUAAAGAAACUCAAAGAAUGCGUUUCCUGCAUCGGGGCUGGGAGAAAUGUUUAUGCAUUGACAUGAAUCAGUUUUACUAUGGACUUCUUUGCCAAGACGAGAGAAACAGAGUAGAUCAACUUGAGCCCUUUGAUGAAUAUGAGGGUUGGCAUCUGAAGUGUUCUCACUAUUUUAUUCUGACUGCAUCUAAAGGACAGCUGAGGGAUUGUCUGCUGCUGUCUGGUUUCCUUGGCACCAGUCUUUCAAUAGCAGUUCCAGCAUUUGUUCCUCAUUCAGUUCCAGUUUCCAAACUACAUAUGGAUCCAAAUGUGGUUGGCAUGGUAGGAUCUGUAGAUGACAAUACUGCACUAGCCAGGUUUGGCUUGCAAUGUGCACUACUACAACCGGACUGUGUACUAGUGACUGGGGGAGCAGGAAGACAUGGACGAGAAGAGGGUGUACACAUUCUUUUCAGAGCAGAGACUGAUUGGAGGACAGGGCAUGCAGAAGUUGAAUGCAUCCCAGGCACAGAAUGGGGGGCAAGGAUGUUCCACACAGUAACUCCACUUCCUGGAUGCAGAACUUGUGUAGUUUUUGGUGGGCGCUCCUCUCCUUUGCAGCCUGCAUGCAGCGUGCUAAGGUUAACAUGGAAUACACUUAAUCCGGAGAAUUGUUCAUUCUUCAAACUAAAUGUUCACCAGCUGCAUUGCUUUGGCACUUUACCACCCCCAAGAUGGCGACAUACAGCGACCCUGCUCACCUGGAAAGGAAAGCUAUACUUAUUUGUGUUUGGUGGAAUCUCUGUCAUGCACAGAGUGUUAUCAGACUGGCACUUUCUUGAGCUGGAGAGCAACUCAUGGGACAAGAUCCCUGUACGAGGCCCUGCACCAGAAGGCCGUCACUCCCACUCUGCCUGCCCCUAUGCUGGAGGGCUGGUGAUAGCAGGAGGUGCUGGAAGGGAACACAACCCACUGAGUUCUGUGGUUUUGCUAAAACCAGUUCAGUGUGGGUUUGAGUGGCAGGAAUUAAAACUUGAAGCCUCAUUUAUUGCCAGGUACUCACAUACAGCACAUGUAUUUGGUGAUCAGCUUUAUCUUGUUGGAGGAAUCUGGAUUGAAGCUGAAGGGGUUCCAGGUGUAGCAGUGAUUGAUCUGACUUCAGGACAAUGCCGAGAAUACACUGUUAACGCCUGUUCAGUGCCAUGGCCUGUUAUGAUGCACUCGCACAGCUCGCUGCUCCUUGAGGAAGAAAAAGAGAUCCUGGUGAUUGGUGGUGGCGGGAACUGCUUCUCUUUUGGGACAUACUUUAAUUUGUUGCCACUGGUGCUGAAUUUGAGUGACGUUAGAUAAUAGCAUCUGCUAAAUGAGAGACCCUGGUUUUGUCAAGUGGACUUGUGGGUACAUUAAGGAAAAUUCAGCCCGUCCUUAAGUUAAAUUAUGUAUGUUUAGGUGUACAAGUUUGACCAUGCAUUGGGUUCCAGUCUGUUAACAUUGGGUAAAUAUUUCCAAUAUGAUAUACUUUGAUGCAUUAAAAUAUAUUUUUAUGCUUCUGAACACCAUUAAUGAAGGACCUGCUUAAGUCAGGUAUGUCAUGCACACUGGGCUUCAUUCAGCUCAUGGAGAAAUUUAAAGGACCGCAUGUCAAAUCAUCAUUCAAGACUCUUUACUGUUUUUUACAUAUUAUUAGAAUUUUAAAAAGAAUUGAGUACAUUUAGAUUAAAUGUUUUCAUAGCAUUGAAAAUAUUUUUUUUAUCUGCAAAAAUAAAUUAUGCUUUUUUU